AGCGUCGGCAUUGGAACGUCUCCGCUAACGUCGUCGCGAGAACACCCUUAUCUCCACUCGCCUCCUUCUUUAAUACUGGUCUGCGGCGACUCCGAUCUCCCUUGAUCCAUAUUCUUCCACUCCUCUUCAUCCCAGCCAAAACAAUGUUGGCUAGUGCACAAAACCAAGAGACUUUCAAGGGUUCCGAUGCAGAGCCUGCGUAUACCCUCCCGGACGCCUCCGCCGUAACGCUGGUGAAGGAGGACCUGUACGAUGCGGACUCCAUCGACCCGAUAUACCGCGACAAAGCGCGGCUAAUUAGUCGCGCUAUGCAGGAUAUAGGUAUGGGCAAGUAUCAGUGGUGGCUCUUCUGCGUCGCAGGUUUCGGGUGGUUCGCGGAUAGUGUUUGGCCGCUCAUGGCGGGUCUUAUCCUCUCUCCCGUCGUCAGCGAGUUCGACCUCGGCUCACACGGACCCUUCCUCUCCCUUGCCAUCAAUAUUGGCCUCCUUGUUGGCGCGAUAUUCUGGGGCGUAGGAUGCGACAUAUGGGGCCGAAGGUGGUCGUUCAACCUGACCCUCCUCGUCGCCGGCAUCUUCGGAUUGGCGGCGGGCGGUUCGCCCAACUUCGUCACGCUCGCGUCAGUCACUGCGGUGCUCGGCAUCGGCGUAGGCGGCAACAUGCCCGUCGAUUCCGCCGUAUUCCUAGACUUCGUUCCUGCGCCCCACCAGUACCUCCUCACGCUCAUGUCGAUCUGGUGGUCGAUCGGCCAGCUCCUCGCCAGCCUGGUCGCCUGGCCCCUCAUCGCCAACUUCUCCUGCCCACUCGACGCGCCCGCCGGCACCUGCACCCGGCACGCCAACAUGGGCUGGCGCUACCUGAUGUUCACGCUCUCGGCGCUCAUGCUCCUCCUCUGGGCGCUCCGCUUCUUCGCCUUCCCGCUCUUCGAGUCGCCGCGCUACCUCGUCGGCAAGGGGCGCGACGCGGAGGCCGUCGCCGUCGUUCGGAAGGUUGCCGCGUUCAACGGGCGUCCUGAGGGCGCGGUGAGCUUGGACGAGGACCAGCUCCGCGCGGUGGACGAGAAGGCGGGAGGUCAGGUGGGAGGAGGGGCGUUAUUAGCGCAGGGCUCGGAUUUUAGCGUCGGGCAUGUGAAGGCGCUGUUCAAGACGCGCAGGAUGGCGUGGUCGACGACGUUGCUCAUUUUUCUGUGGGGCAUCAUCGGGCUCGCCUCCACGCUGUACAACAGCUUCCUGCCCUUCUUGCUAGCGAGCCGCGGCGCCAAAUUCGGCGACAGCUCGUACUUCAUCACCUACCGCAACCAAGUGAUCCUCGCCAUCAUCGGCGUCCCCGGCGCGUUCCUCGCCGCUUACGCCGUCGACCACCCGCUGACCGGCCGCCGCGGCACGCUCGCGAUCUCCUCCGGGCUCACCGGCGUGUUUUUGUUCGGGAGCACGACCGCAAGGACGAGCAACGCGCUGCUCGGGUGGAAUUGCGCGUACGCGUUCAAUAGCAACAUCAUGUACGGCGUGUUGUAUGCGAUGUCUCCAGAGAUUUUCCCUGCUAAGGAUCGCGGGACGGGCAACGCCCUCACUUCCACCGCGACGCGUGUCUUCGGCGUGAUGGCUCCCAUCAUCGCCCUUUACGCCAACCUCGACACCCCUGUCCCUGUGUACGUCAGCGGGGCAUUGAUCAUGCUCGCAGGUCUGCUCUCCCUUGCGCUCCCGUACGAGCCGAGAGGCAAGGCGUCGUUAUAGCAACGUUCAGGGAUAACCCACCCACCGAACGAAACGAAAGGAAGAUCGGAAGGACAUUCACAUGGAAUGAAUGGCAUAAGGUAUACGUAUCUACGACUGAAACUCGAUUGACUGUACGAUUGCUUUGCUGGAAUAACGUGCUUUUCGUGGAUAUAGAAUAUGUAUCGUGUGACGCAAAGUCAAUGCACUGAUACCCACACCUGACAAUCAGGCUUUUCGUCGAAGACAACUACAUUUCAUGCAGGCCUGGGCUCCUUAGCUGACCUUCUUGGAACUCGUGGCCGCUUCUCGUUCGCGUUUUUCGCGCCUCCUCUUCACGUCCCAAUUGUAUACUCGCGCAGUGUUGACCUCCAUAACGGUGAUCUGCUCUCGUAUGAACUCCAGGUCUUCUUCGGUAUUGGACAAUGUCGUCUGUGCGGUAUCAAGCUUCGAUCGUAGGAGUUCGAUUGCCUGUGGUAUUUUGUAGGACAGCAUCACGUUUGCACCUAGCCAAAGAUACACGGUGUCCGUGUCCUCCAGCUCCGCCUCGGCAAAGAGCGUGUCGUUCAGCUCGAACGUCGUUUUCAGCGGCUUGGUCGCGGCGGUCGUCGAUCCUUCGUCGUCGUCGAGAUCAUCCUCGUCAUCGCCCUUCGAGCCGCCUUCCUGACGCGCGCCCGGACAUCAUUUUCCCUCCUUUCUGCACGCCUCCUACCCUUCGAGCGAAGGACUCACCCGCCUCUCCUGCAGGAACUCGACCAUGCUCAGCGUCUUCUUGAUAUCCGGUAUCUUGUCCUCUAAACUGCGCUUCCGUUGUUGCAGGUUCGCGUCCAUGUAACGAUACUUCGCAAGGGCGUCUUGGAUUUGCUUCAGCGCGGUUUCGACAUCUCCGUCGGCCCCGCCAACGUGCUGCUCUACGUCUGCAAUGAAAGGAGCUUUCGGGAUCCCUCUUGGGUUCUUCUCGGAGGACAAUUCCAUUUUUUCUCAGACAACGUAUUAGAUGCGCGGUAUCGAACAGACGGGGGCGUAAGAUGUGACGGU